AGCAUCAAAAAUGCAGUACUAAUAUUCGGCAAUAUUAUUUCAGGACAGUUUGCGUUUCUUUCUGUGCCCAAUUCUAGUGUAUAACAGAGUAAAGACACUUGUUGAAUUAGUAGAGUUGGUCUACAUUUUUGUCUGUUCACUUUGCUGCUUCUCCACCAUAGUUUAUAGCUAGCUAGCCGCUAGCAAAGAGACGCAGAAGUUAGAAAACAUCAAGCAGCUAAAUACCAAAAGUGGCAACUAAAGCAAUGUGAUCGAAAAGACGAGAAAGCAUGUCAAGUGCAAAAUGGGAGUUGUGACUGUAUGAAACGGAACUUUCUCGAGCUGGCAACAGACGCUGUUUGGACCUUAAGUUGUCUUCGGAGCAGCCACACAAGCUAUGGAGGAUGUUGGCGAUAUUAUGAUCUGCUCUCCUGAACUCUCCUGUGUCAAAGAAGAAGAGGACCAGCAGGGCAUCAGUCAAGACUUCCCGGUUAUCUGUGUCAUAGUGAAAAGUGAAGACGACGAAGGUCAGAGCGAGAACAAAAGAGCGACGCAACUUCCAAGUGGCAGUUCCGGUCAAAACGGUGAUGAAAAUUGCCGCAGAGGAUCGAAAACCGACAGCACUGUAUCUGCGUUAUCCGACAGUGACUACGCGACGCCACGCUCUCCUGAGACUGAUGAUGAACACUCGACAUGCUUGAAAUGUUCUCAGUGUCACAAAACCUUUGGCCAUAAAAAGAAUCUUAAAAGACACAUGAGGUAUCACACAGGGGAAAAACCAUUCGUCUGCUCAUUCUGCGGCCAAGCGUUCUACGAAAAGGCGCAUUUGACAACACACACGAGAACUCACACUGGGGAAAAGCCGUUUUCCUGCUCCAUUUGUGACAAAAUAUUUUGCGACCGCUCGGCAUGGGUGGUGCACCAGAGAACACACACCGGCGAAAAACCUUUCACAUGCUCGGACUGUGGUAAAAGUUUCCCCCGCAAGGAGAAUUUAAGAACCCACAUAAGAACCCACACUGGAGAGAAACCUUUUACAUGCGUUGUCUGUAAAAGUAGUUUUAGCGUUCGGUCCACGUUGGUUCAACACAUGAGGACACACACAGGAGACAAACCUUUUGCAUGCUCGGAUUGCGGUACCAGAUUCUCUCAAAAGACGCACUUGAAAAACCACAUGAGAACGCACACUGGAGAAAAACCCUUCCCUUGCCCAUUUUGUGACAAGCGAUUCUCUGUAAAGGGAAGUUUGAUAACUCAUAUAAGAAUACACACUGUAAGCAUUAGUGACAUAACGUGCCAGUUAAAAGUGUUGCGAUUGUCGAAGGAAAUGUGUAAAAUCAGUAUGCUGCGAGCGUUGCUGAAUCGGCGACUCAGUGCAGCCGUUGAGGAAGUAGUUGAAGUGUUUGAAAGAACCAUAACGGAGUACGAAGAGGAACUUUGUCGGACAAAACAGGAGAACGAACGACAACGUCAAUUACUGGACGCUGUUUUUAAGAAGCCUCGAAAUGAAUUACACAGAGCUGCAGACAUCAGUGAGGCUCUUCACGCUGAUCAGCACGAAUGGAGCUUUUGCAUGGAGCAUGAGCACUCCCACCUGAAAGAAGAAGUGGAGUCUGAGCUCUGUGUGAAAGAGGAGCAAGUGAAUGAUACCACCAACUUGGCAUUGACGGUUGUCCCUGUCAAGACUGAAGAGGAUGAUGACAAACAGCAAAGUGAGGAGCCUCGAAGCAGCAGCUUAUGUCAACACAUGCAGACCGAAAGUGCUCCUCUAUCAGAUAGUGACGACACGUCAUAUCCUCCUAAAACUGAAAAAGAACACUCUCAAGACGUUAUCACACUUCAUAUUGACAACAAACAGUUGAAGUGCUCGCAUUGUGGCAAAACCUUCACUGCCAGGCGUAAUUUAAAACGACACAUGAGAACACACACGGCACAGAAACCUUUUACCUGCUCGGUUUGCACCUUAGGUUUCACUCACAGAUCAAGAUUGGUAGAACACUCGCGAACACACAGUGGCGAGAAACCUUUUGUCUGCUCUGUUUGUGGCAAAAGAUUCACACAAAGAGGAAGUUUAAUUAAGCACACACGAUCACACACGGGAGAUAAACCUUAUUCCUGCUCAGUCUGUAAUUUGAGUUUUGGGAAUAGUUCAACUUUAAGGACGCACACAAGAAUACACACUGGGGAGAAACCAUUUGCCUGCACAAUUUGUGAUAAAAGGUUCUCCGUUAAGAGUAAUUUAAGAUCACACACAAGGACGCACACUGGCGAGAAACCUUUUACCUGCUCAAUCUGUAAUUUAAGUUUUAGGUAUCGUACAGGAUUGAAUCACCACACGAAAACACACACCGGCGAACGACCGUUUUGCUGCCUAAUCUGUGGCCAAAGAUUUUCUCAGAAGCAGAAUUUAAAUUCACACACGAGAAUACACACUGGUGAAAAGCCGUUCGGUUGCAGUGUGUGCGACAAAAAAUUCUACGUUAAGUAUCAUGUGAAAAGACACAAGUGUGCUGGUCAGAAGAGUAGCAGUCAGUGAAGCCAAACUUUCUCCUCCCGCCUAUUAGUUUUAAGUAGACAUCCAAUCCAUUUGAGGUGGGAGGGUUGCAGCAAAUGCAGGGCCAAGCGUUCUAUAAGAAGGCUUAUUUGAGAAGGCACACGAGAAUUCACACUGGCGAAAAGUUGUUUACUUGCUCCAUUUGUGACAAAAUAUUUUGCGACCGCUAAGCGUGGGUGGUGAACCAGAGAACACACAUUGGCAAAAAACCUUUCACCUGUUUGGACUGUGGUAAAAGUUUGCCGCGCAAAGAGAAUUGAAUGACCCACAGAAGAAAGCACACUGGAGAGAAACAUUUUACAUGCCUUGUCUGUAAAACCAGUUUAAGCGUUCGGUCCACAUUGUUUCAAUACAUGAGGACCCACACUGGAGAAACACCUUUUGCUUGUUCUGAUUGCGGCACCAGAUUCUUUCUCAUGCUAAAAAAUGCAUGAGAACAUACACUGGGGAAAAACCAUUCUCUUGCCAAUUUUGCAACAAGCGAUUUUCCGUUAAGGGAAAUUUGAUAACUCACAUACAAAUACACACUGGAGGGAUUUUAUGUCUAUGUGGCGUGAACUCUGAGCCCAAAGCAUAUGGAGGACCAGGAGUGCAAAAAUUCAAUAA